CAUUUAUAUUAUUCUCAUUAGAUUUAGCUUCUUAUAUCUGGCUGGCUGGCUUGGCGUUUAUUUCUUGUGUUAUCAUGAUAUAUAUGCUAUGUUUAUUCUUCUAUUUUUCAGGUACCCUACAAAGUUCUUUUCACCAUUUAUAUCAUUCUCAUUAGAUUUAGCUUCUUAUAUCUGGCUGGCUUGGCUUUUAUUUCUUGUGUUAUCAUGACAUAUAUGCUAUGUUUAUUCUUCUAUUUUUCAGGUAGCCCUAGAAAGAUCUCUUCACCAUUUAUAUCAUUCUCAUUAGACUUAGCUUCUUAUAUCAAGCUGGCUGGCUUGGCUUAACAUUUCUAUGUUAUCAUAACAUGCUAUGCUGUCCCUUCGUAUUCCCUAGUCUGGGGGUUUUACAUUAUGCGUCAUCUUCACAGGCUCGCUUGCUUCCUAGCCUUUUUUUUUUUUUCAUGUUUAUUCUUUCUAUUUUUCAGGUACAGGGCAAUAACUUUUCAACCUCUUAAAUCAUGCUCUUUAGAGUGAGCUUUUUCAUAUCUCGCUCGCUUGCUUUGGUUUUUUAUUCGCUUUGUCCCCUGGUUUUAUCAAGGUUUUAUUCCCAAUGAGGCCAAGGCCAACGGAGUGUGUCAAAAUUUGCGACAUUUUUGAGUCAGUGGCAUCGUCAUGGCCAUUUCGCUAUGGCGUCCUCCGUUCGUUUGAAGUUUUUCGGCGUUUAGUUUUGAUUACUUUAACGUGUUAAUCUUUGCGUUUUGGCCUACAGUUUUGGCCAUACGUUCUAUCAGAGACACAAUGGACGACCUCGCUAACUGGACUCCGAUUCCGCGAACGUAUGACCCCCUGAAAGCGGGCUCCAUCGACGGCACAGACGUCAAACCUCACGAUCAUGGAAUCGUACGAGCCAUGGAGGCGACAUACAAGACGAACAAACACGUUGAAGGUGAUCCUGAGUCGACACUAUUCGUUGCGAGGCUCAACCCUUCGACUACCGAAGAGAGACUUCAUAAAUAUUUUUCCAGGUACGGAGAAGUGAAGCGAUGCCACCUGGUGAGGGACGUCAUAACGGGAUUUUCAAAGUGUUACGGCUUCGUGGAGUUCUACGACAAGCGUGACGCCGUCGAGGCCAACGACGCGAACCAGGAUUACAUUGACGAGUACAAGAUCUUUGUGGACUUCGAGCGGGAGAGGAUUCUACCCGGCUGGAUACCACGCCGUCUGGGGGGAGGUUUUGGAGGCAAGAAAGAAUCGGGUCAGCUGAGGUUCGGAGGUCGCGAUCGUCCCUUCAAGAAACCCAUCAUUCUGAACAAGAAGGGUGGCGGGAGGUCAAGAGGAUGGGGAGGACACGAGCGAGAUUUCGAGGAUGACGGCUCCGACGAUAGACGGCACAGGGGAGGAGGAGGAGGAGGUGGUGGUUGGAGGCGCCAAAGGAUGGACGGAGACAGGUGGCAGGAUCGCCAAGGGGACCGCUACGGCAGGGGAAGGCAUCAUCCAAGCAGGCACGAGGAAAGGGGGGAAGGCUGGCAACAGUGGAGACGGCAGGAGGACAAGCAUGGUUCACGGAGAUCACAUCACGACAGCAGGCAUUCUGACUACGACUGACUCUCAGAGCUAGUGCUGAUCCAGGACAGUGUUUGCAGCACAUCCAGACUGAAUCAUAACAUGGUUAACAUGUUGUUAGAGCACAUUUUCACGUGACGAGGUGAGGUAUCCCGGAAAAACAUGUUGUAAAUAAAGUUUUCGCAUAAAUUUCA